UAUUCCUGGCACAAUGGCAUGCAUGUAGCCCGAACAACAAUCCAGUUCCCACAAUCCACCGCAGUUCCAGCCCCGAGACCUGAGCCUCGCCGAGCAGGGAGAAGAGCUGCAAAGCGCUGGAGCAGCUGGCUGAAUUCUCAUCAUGUCUGCGGUUAAAGCUUUCCUCAGGAGCAUCAUGAGCUGAUGUGGCGUUUUACACUUUCACCAGACGAACACACUCAGGUCAGAAUGCGGCUGUGCUCCUGUGCCGUGCACAUGUUGGUGCGAUGGAUGCGCAGCUGCUCCAGGCGGACUCGCAGCCGCUUGCCUCGGAGACUGCGGGAGCCUCUGAGCUACACCAGACUCAUCUUUAAUUCCCUCUGCCACAACUCUCUCCUCAACUGUGAUCUCGUGACCGACUCCCUUUUCGAGCCGGUCUUCUGGAUGGUAGAGAUUAUUACCCGCUGGUUCGGGAUGGUCUUUGUGUUUCUAGUGAUAGUUCUCACCAGCUCUGUCCUCUUAGUUGCAUAUAUGUGCCUCCUCCCUUUGGCCCUUAAUACAUAUUCUCUUGGCUGGUUAGUAUGGCACUUAUGCUACGGACACUGGAACUUGGUGAUGAUUGUCUUCCACUACUACAAAGCCACCACGACGUCUCCUGGAUACCCUCCUAAGAUGAAGACUGAUAUUGCAUUCGUGUCUGUCUGUAAAAAGUGUAUAAUGCCCAAACCAGCAAGAACUCAUCACUGUGGCAUUUGCAAAACGUGUAUACUGAAAAUGGACCAUCACUGUCCGUGGCUUAACAACUGCGUUGGUCAUUUCAACCACCGUUACUUCUUCUCCUUCUGUCUCUAUAUGACUCUUGGCUGUAUAUACUGCAGCAUCAGUGGCCGUAAUCUCUUCUUAGAUGCAUAUCAUGCCUUAGAUCACAUCAAGCACAUGGACAUGGAAAAAGAGGGAGUUCCAGUGACAGGUGUAGGUCUGCUCAUAGGAAUCUUUCCUCAAGAAACUCUGACUGAGAAGAGUCAAACUUCAGCACCUUUCACCUUUAAGGACCGGGUCUUUCAUAAGAGUGUUAUCUACAUGUGGGUGCUUACUAGCACAGUAGCAAUUGCUUUAGGAGCUCUGACCUUAUGGCAUGCUGUCCUCAUCUCCCGUGGAGAGACCAGUAUUGAGAGGCAUAUCAACAAUAAAGAGGCCAGACGCAUGGCCAAGCGGGGAAAAGUUUAUAGGAAUCCAUUUGACUAUGGGAAACUGAACAACUGGAAGGUGUUUUUUGGAGUAGAGAAGAGGAGUCACUGGCUAACCCGGGUUUUACUGCCUUCUGGACACAGCCCCUACGGUGAUGGACUGACGUGGGACAUCUACCCGAUUAAAAAAGACAUGAUACCAGUCUAAAUUUGAGCGCUAGCAGAUGUAAUGCUGCUAAUGUUAGGUUGGUGUUCAGGUCACUGCGUGCCUGUGGAUCCAUAAUCCUGCACAUCAUGUAGUCUGCUAAGCCCAGAUUUACAGCUAUGACAUGGGAUGACAAGCAGCCAUGAAGAGGAAAAAACUGCUGUGUCUCCGGAAUAAUGGAAUUUUUUAACCUGAUGAUGAUGAUGAUGAUGAUAUCAUGUUUUAUCUAAUACACAUUUCCAGAGGCUGGAUCUGAUGUUAGUUUGGAAGAACUGGGACAUAGAGUGGAGCUGUGCUCCCUCAAAUAUCAAAACUAUAUAUGACUGACUAAAUGAUGACCAAUUGCCCAUGUUUUAUACUCAUGGUAUUUAUUUUCUCUUUAUAUGCAUUUUCACCCACCCAAAGUCUGCAGUGCUUUUUUUUUGUUUUGUUUUUGUUUUUUGUUUG